CUCAACGACCCGCAGGUUUGGUGAGCAUAAGCUCCGACUCGCUUCUCCGGCCCCAACUGCCUCAUACAUCCAUGGAGCUUGCGCUUGCAUGAGGCGCAUUCAUGUACCAGAAUAUCGAAUUAUUGGCUCAUUCCUACACCUCGACCCGCUAUUUGCGUCAAUCUGCGGAUGAAGUACAUCCACCUUCUAUUCACAGCGACAAAGGACUCUCCGCAUCAAACCCUGCACGCCCCAGAGACGAAUGGCCUGAGGGUGGAGCGCCCGACUUGCCUCAUUCUUUAAAGACUGCAGUGGCCACGUUUUUUUCGAAUCAAAUUCAGGAACUGGCAUCUGUUGAAAGCUCAUCAUGGAAGAAGGAAAACAAAUGCGGUCGUCCUCCAACGCCAUAACAGAAGCCACACCACGACGAUCAUACCUCAGCACCACGCCCUCAUCACCUAAUUCGGCAUCUGUCGACAGUAUCACCACAACCACGAGCCCUGAAAAAGCAAAAGUUGCCCAAUUAAGGCCGUCUUCCUUCCCAGAUUCUUCCAUUUCGGAAUCUUUGAGCGCAUCCACCACGAACGAUCAGCUCAAAAGCAAUGAUCGGAGAGAACCGGCUCAGCCAUCCGACGAUUCUUUUGCUUCAACACCAACAGGAGAACAUGCAUCGACAAGACCAUCGCUUUCGGUCUUAUUUUGCUUUGCAGCUCUCACUCUGAGUAUCUUCCUGGUCGCUCUCGAUUCGGUCAUCAUUCCCACAGCAUUACCAACGAUCUCGGCCUCAUUUUCGAUACCAGACUCUCUUUACGCCUGGAUCGGAUCGUCCUAUCUUCUUACCAAUGCAGCGUCAAUUCCAUUCUGGGCAAAGCUAUCCGAUAUAUUUGGUCGCAAGCCCAUAAUACUCAUCGCGAACGCGAUCUUCCUCGUCGGGAGCAUCGUGUGCGCAGUGAGCAUUAACGCGACCAUGCUCGUUGCCGGCCGAUCAGUGCAAGGUCUGGGCGGGGGAGGUGUCGUGGUGUUGGUCCAUGUCUGUGUCGCAGACAUGUUCAGUAUCAGGAUCCGAAGUUUUUACCUGGGUAUUGUUGGAGCUGCAUGGGCAGUUGCAUCGGCCUUGGGUCCCGUAUUGGGUGGUGUGUUCGCAGAGAAGUUGGACUGGAGGUGGUGCUUCUAUGUCAAUUUGCCCAUCGUCUCCGGCGCGAUCAUCAUCCUUUACUUUACGCUGCAUCUCCAGGAAUCAUCGACUCCUUUGAUCGCUGGAUUGCUCUCAAUGGAUUGGGCUGGAUGCGUAGCAAUUGUAACUGCUACCAUUUUCUUCCUUGUCGGGCUCCAGCUAGGAGGGGAGUCAACGUACGCAAAGCCGCUGGUAAUCUGCCUGAUCGUGUUCGGAUGCCUCGCCUAUGUCGCAUUCCCGUUCACUCAAUACUUUACCGAAAAGCGAAGUGGCAGCCCCAUCAUGCCACUACGGAUCUUCAAGGAUGUCAGCAAUCUCUCAGCAUUGGCUGUAUGCGCGUGCGACGCGUUGGUAUUCAACUCAGUCGCCUAUUUCCUUCCAUUGUAUUUCCAAAUCGUCUUGAACGAAUCUCCUUCGACAACAGGAUUGCUCAUGCUUGCAGUCGCCAUUCCCCUUGCGCUCGUCUCAUUUAUCUCGGGUAUCAUCAUGGGCAAGACUAAUCGUUAUCUUGAAGUACUCCAAGGUGGACUUGCGAUUAUGACCCUUGGAGUAGGCCUUCUCAUAUCGUUGAGUAUCAAGCGCGAUCUUGGGAAGAUCAUUGGCUUCCUCGUGGUCAUUGGCAUCGGCUUUGGUCCUAAUUUCCAAGCACCCAUAUUGGCUUUGCAGGCGCGCAUCCAAGGCAAAGACAUGGCAUCCGGUGUAGCAGCGUUCAAUUUCGUACGAAUGGUCUCCGGUGCGAUUGGUGUUGUAGUAGGUCAGGUCGUCUUCCAGCUUCUCAUCAAACCGCAUUACGGCGACUUCCUAGUCAGUGGUGUAAGCGCAGAGUUUGCCAGUCGACUGGCGGGUGGGAAAGCGAUCAACGAGGCGGGCGCGGUUGCGACACUACCAGACUACCAGCGCGACGUCGUGCGAAAAGCGAUGUUGAGCGCAUUGAGAGGAUCGUGGAUAUUCUACACGGCCGUGAGUGGCGCUGGUCUGCUCGUUAGCUUCGGCAUAGCACGACAAAGGCUUAGUGAAGAAACCGAAAACAAAAGUUCAGAAGGAGAAAAGGCAUAAUCAUGGUAUUGUAUCGUUUCCGCAUCACAUUUCACGUGAAGGAGCAUCGUCACGCAAGUCUGGGGCCCAUUUACGUGUUUACCCACCAAAAAGUACCAAAAGGGCGGCGUUUUGUUUGGAGUUUUCACGAUUAUCACGACACGAAUAAACCUAUAAAUAUUGCGUCGCGACUUAUCAUCAACGUCUGAGGACGUUGUGAUAAAGUACAUAGAUCUGCUUUUAGAGCAUCUUGGAUUGGAUCGCCCACUAGCGGCUAUCAUUCCAGUGGCACAUAUACAUACAUAAAUAUAUAAGAUACACG